AUGUCAAGUGUGUUUUGCAAGUUGACAAAUUAUGGAAGACAUGGAAUCUUUAUUGAUGAACAAAUGAGGAUGCAACUUUUCAAGUUAAACGAAAUUAGAGCGACCAAGCUUGUAAAAUUCCCAUUUGAUGUUAGCUUUGGAAACUAUGUGUACAAUUGGAUCAAGGAAAUUGGUCGGAAGAACAGGGAACUUCGUCAUGCCUUGGAAUAUGUUGAUUUUCCUCAUGAAAAAAUACGUUGGACAAAGUUAUAUCAGUGUAGUAAAUCUAAGGACAAAAAGCGAACUUUGAUGGUGCGCCCUUGCUUUCCUUCAGUUUACCGUGAACAUCAGAUGCCUAAUGUCCAUAUCAUCUCGGACACUGUUGUCAUAGCCAAUGAUGUUUGGAAGGUGGGUGAUUUGGUAGAUUGGUGGACUGACAAUUGCUUUUGGACUAGAAGGAUAACUGAAAAGUUUGAUGACGAAAAUGUUAAGGUUGAAUUGCUACCUCCUCCCAGGGGUGAAGGGUCUUUAUAUGACGCUUCUUGCAAAGACUUGCGUCCAUCAUUGGAAUGGUCUGUAGAUGAGGGUUGGAAGUUGCCCAAGGGGGAUAAAUAUGGUCAUUUUUGUGCUCGAAUAGUCAAGCCUCUUAAUCAAGUUUCAAGUUUACAUAUUCAAGAUACCUCAAAACAGAUGUUGGGAAUGACGGACAAAUUUGAUGACAAUGGAUUAAAGAAGAAGAAAAUUGAUGGAAGUCUUUGUUUGAAUUCCACAUACUCUGAUACAAUAGAGGCUGCAGUUUUGGAUUUGGAGGAACUUAUAUGUCGGGUUAAAUGGCUUCAACGCAUCUUAGAUUUCGGAACGCCAUUACCAGAUACUUCAAAGUCUUCUUGGAAGUUCAUAGAACACCGUUCAUCAUCUAUACCAAAAUGAGUGCUUGUGCAGAAGGUUAGUUUGCAUGAUUAAUAAUUAUUGAGUAGUUUGCCUAUCAUUUGAUUAAGCUGGUUUAAACCUGGAUUUGUGCAUUGCUGUUCACUUUAAUGAUGUGAUUGAUUUAGUAAUGC